AUGGCCCCCAAGGACGAUGAAGAUGUUCUGCAAGCCGUCAUUCUAGCAGAUAGCUUCAACACAAAAUUUGAACCUUUAUCUGUUGAUACCCCACGAGUGCUUCUCCCUGUCUGCAAUGCACCCCUUCUAGACUGGGCAUUCGAAUGCCUAGCAAGCGCGGGCGUUGACGAAGUCUUUGUCUUUUGUGUCGCGCACGUCGACCAAAUCAAGGAGGCCAUUGCAAACUCCCAAUGGUCCAAACCAAACUCGGGCAUGGCCGUCACCACGAUCGUCUCGCGCGAGGCGCGUUCCGUGGGCGAUGCGAUGCGGGAACUGGAUGCCAAGCAGGUCCUUACUUCGGACUUUGUUUUGCUCACCGGUGAUGUUGUGAGUAACAUCCGACUUGACGAAGUCAUCAAAGAGCACAAGGAGCGAAGAAAGGUCAGUAAAGAUGCAAUCAUGACCUGUGUUGUCAAGGAGGUCGGCAAGAUGCAUCGGUCGAAACCCGUAUCAGAAAAGAACAUUUUCGUACUUGACGCACAGACGAACGAAUGUGUGUAUUAUGAGUAUCAACAAGCUAAUCCGCCCAAGCAAAAGUUUAGUUUUUUGCGCGAGAUAUUUGAUAAACAUCAGGAAGUGGAUGUGCGUACAGACUUGAUGGAUUGUUCUAUAGAUAUAUGCUCUGUGGACGUUCCUGUACUCUUUACAGAAAAUUUCGAUUACCAGGAUCUACGAAAGGAUUUUAUGCAUGGUGUCCUUACGUCCGAUAUUUUGGGCAAGACGAUGCACUGCCAUAUUGCGAGGAGUGGUUAUGCCGCUCGUGUGAGGGAUACUCGAAGCUAUGCCUCGGUUAGCAAAGACAUUAUCUCGCGUUGGUCAUUCCCCCUCGUCCCGGACAACAAUCACCCAACGCAGCACGACUAUGAUUACCGUGCAGGAAACAAAUACAUAGCUAAAAAAGCUGAGCUCUCCCGUAAUUCUCGUGUCGGCAAAAACACCAUGGUCGGGCCUUCAACUCGUGUAGAAGACGAUGCAUUUGUUACCAACUCGGUCUUGGGCGCGAGUUGUGAAAUCGGAUCGGGUUCAACGAUCUCUGGAUCAUAUCUAUUCAAUGAUGUUCACAUUGGGGUCAGAUGUCAGGUGGUGGAUAGUAUUAUUGGUGACGGCGGUUGUAUCAUCGCCAAAGGCGUAGUGCUCGGAGAAGGGACAGUUCUGUCACCUUUCACUAGGAUUUCGAAAGAGCAACCCGAGGAUGCGAAGAAUGGGAGGGAAGUGAUCAAGGCCCUGGUCUACCGGUUGGAAGCCGAGUCGGAAGACGAAGAUGAGGAGACCUUCGCAAACGUUAGGUUAGGACGGUUAGCGGAUACCUGCUCUGAUAUCGAAACCUACGAAUCCGAUCAAGCGUCGACCCUUGCGUCUGAAUCAGAAUCCGACAUAUCACCACCAAUCUCACCGACCUCAUCCACUUCUGAACUCCCCGGAAUUCCUUCGCUCGACUCUGCAGCCGAUUUUCAAUCUGAGUGUACCCAAUCACUCAAACGUGCGUUUGAUGAGCAGCACACAAUCGAUAAUGCUGCAAUCGAGCUCAAGACGUUACGCAUGGCAAGUAAUGUACCUCUGCCUCAGGUUCGACAAGCUGUGAUCGAUGAAGAGACAUUUGAGCGAUGGGGUGGCUUGUUGAAGCAGAUCGGAGGAUACGACGAAGCCGAGACAUUGUUGCAGUUUCAGAGGGUAUGCUGCAAGACGCCGGAGCGCUCACGGCUGUUCCCCGCCGUCCUCACGGAACUGUAUCAGAACGAAUUGAUAGAAGAGGAUGGCCUCACGGAUUGGUUUAUGGAUCCCAGUCAAAGGGCACGAACAGUCACCUUAGCCCUGAUAUGCACGCUCCCUACGAUCAACUUAGGGUCAUAG